AUGUCCUUACCGCUAUCCGGCCACCGUACCAUCCUCCUUCUCAUCCUCAUCGAGCUCCUAGUGCCGCUCCGGUGCGCGGGGGAGUCGGCGACGUGCCUUGCUGUGUACCGCGAGGGCGGCGCGCCCGCGGUGUACCAGUCCGCGCACUGCCCCCGCUGGACCAUCCUCUCCGCCGGCGAGGGGGAUGGGGACAAGGGCCCCUCCUCCCCGCAGCCGAGGAGGUGCCAUGUGGCGGCUCACCGUGGCCGCCGCCGCUCCCAGGAGGACCGCGCCGUCUGCGCUCUCGGCAUCCGCAUCCCCUUCAUAGAGCAAAUGAGAAUUAAAGAGGUGGAUGUCGGAGUGAUGGCCAUAUUUGAUGGUCAUAAUGGAGAUGAGGCCAGUGAGAUGGCUUCUAAGCUCUUACUGGAGUACUUGUUGCUUCAUGUUUAUUUUCUUCUUGACGGUAUAUACUCCAUCAUAUUCAGAAACUCAACCGGAAAGCUGACACAUAAGGAAGUUACUAUUCUUAACAGUGUUCUUGACCUGUACAAAGAGGAUCAGCCCAAUCAUGGCCAGAGGUCAUGUUGGACAUCACCCACUAUUCUAGAUCGAUCUUUUCACAUGGAAAUUCUGAAGGAAUCAUUAUUGAGGGCAGUUCAGGAUAUUGACCUAACAUUCUCCAAGGAAGCUUUACGAAAAAAAUUCAAGUCCGGUUCAACAGCUACUGUGGUCUUGAUAGCCGAUGGCCAAAUCAUAACGGCUAAUGUGGGAGAUUCAAAAGCAUUUUUGUGCUCACGAAGUCAUGCCCCAUACCGCCAAAAGAGGAAACGGAGAAGAAAGAGAAACUCUAGCAAUCAUGAGGACUUUGCUUUGGCAAACUAUGGUGGACCACUUUACAAUGUAAAGGAGUUAACCAGGGACCAUCAUCCGGAUAGAGAGGAUGAGAGAAGGCGUGUAGAAGCUGCUGGUGGUUAUGUUCUUGAGUGGGCUGGUGUAUACCGUGUUAAUGGUGAGCUCGCACUAUCUCGAGCUAUUGGCGACGUGCCUUUUAAACGGUAUGGUGUAAUAUCCACACCUGAACUGACAGGGUGGCAGCUUCUGUCAGCAAACGAUAGCUUUCUUAUUGCCUCCUCUGAUGGUGUCUUUGAGAAAAUGAGUAUGCAAGAUGUUUGCGACAUGAUGCUGUAUGCGAAAUAUGGUGUUAACCAGGAUUUUGAACCCCUUGCUGUCGUGCAACAGAAUUUGGCGGAUUUUAUAGUUCAUCUUGCUUUACAGAAAGGCACAACAGACAAUGUAGCAGCUGUGGUUGUUCCAUUGGGAUCUCCUAGUAGCUCUGGAGCUAGAAUAGAAGAUUGGCACCAUCUUGAAGAAAAUUCAGUGACAUCUGUUUUGCCUUUACAGACCAUUCCAUACCAACACAAGUCAGACGAUGGAGUUAGUUCAGCUGUUAUUGAAAUGGAGUAUUUCAAGCGCUCAUUGGCAAAGUUCCAGAGAUUCUUGGUUGAUGCAAAGCUUAAGAGACUCGGUUGUUUCUACUUAUCUGAGAGUCUUGAUGAAGACAUGGACUUUAUAUUUAGGGUACCCAAGGACUAUCAGCAUGAAGGAGUCCAUGACUUCAAUCACAUGGCAACUGAAAAUGUGUUAUCUUCUGAUGGAAAUCUUGAAAAAUACAAGGACAGAAACUUUUGCUGGCACCUUGUCCAUCAAGAUGAUGAAAUGGGACGGUGUACUAGUCCUGAAGGGUUUGCAAAUUAUUUUGGCUUGCUUAAUUCUGUCUCACAUAAUGGAAACAGAUCAAGCAGUUCACAUGCAUUUGGCUAUAAGAUAGCUGACAUCAGGUACAAGCUGAAGAGAAGAUUUGAUCGCGGUUCAUAUGGUGAAGUCUGGUUGGCAUUUCGUUGGAACUGCUCUGAUGAUGUAGAUGUACAUAAAGAUCCUUCCCACUUUAGCACUAUACUUACACCAGACUCAUAUAAUUGCACAAGUUCAAACACAGCAUCGUCAUCUGAUGAAAAUCAUGGCUCAGACAUGAUAGAUGGUGAUUUAUUCAUAUUGAAGCGCAUAAUGGUGGAAAGAGGAAAUGCUGCUUACUUGAGUGGAUUGCGGGAGAAGUAUUUUGGAGAAUUAUUUUCAAAUGCUUCAAAAACCCUUGAAGUUUUGUCAAGGAUGGAAUCAUCAUCUGCAACGUUUCCGAUGGACAUGCAAUUCAUUGAGUAUACCUUUCCAGAACAGAACAUCUCAGCUGUUGAAGAAUCACUGAAGCAUGUGGCUAGGUUUAUAGAAUCUUUUGAAUCAGAAUCAAGGGAAAUAUGGCUUGUGUACCGCAAUGAAGGCCGCUCAUUGUCAAAAUUGUUAUAUGCUGCUGAAGAAACAAAGUUAGUUACUGGUGAUGAUACUGAGAGGGUCAGAUAUAUUCAAGUUCUGCAACCAUCAAAGUGGUGGUAUUGGUUAAGGACUACUAAAGCUGGGCAAACGCAAAUGCAAAACCUCUUAUGGCAACUGCUGAUGGGUCUGAAGGCAUGUCAUGAUCGUAACAUCACUCACAGGGAUAUUAAACCUGAGAACAUGAUCAUCUGCUUUGAGGAUUUGAAGACGGGAAAAUGUUUAAGAGAGAUUCCAUCUGAAGCAACGGAAAACAAGCUGAACAUGCGUCUUAUUGAUUUCGGCAGUGCCAUUGAUGAUUUCACUUUGAAGCAUCUUUAUGGCUCAGGGCCUACUCGGUGUGUGAUAAUUUUCUCCCUAUUAUCAUUUAUCAGAGCAUACAUUUAUGAGGUUGUUGGGUUUAGGUCUGAGCAGACUUUUGAAUACACUCCUCCAGAGGCACUCCUUAAUUCAAGCUGGUUUCAGGGAUCAAAAAGUGCAAGACUAAAAUAUGAUAUCUGGAGUGUUGGAGUUGUCAUGCUGGAGUUGAUAGUUGGUUCUCCACAUGUUUUCCAGAUAAGUGACCGUGCACGUAUUUUAAUGGAUCAACGCCUUGAAGGGUGGAGUGAGGAAACAAAGGAGCUUGCAUACAAGUUGAGGUCUUACAUGGAACUGUGCAUUUUAGUACCGGGGAUUUCUACGCAGCAGCAAGGCAGCAUUAAUUCCGAACGGGGCCACGGCGGGUUAGCUUCUUGGAAAUGCUCUGAAGAAUCAUUUGCCCGUCAAGUGAAAAUCCUAGACCCUCUUAAAAUGGGCUUUCCUAAUUUGUGGGCAUUGCGACUAGCGCGCCAGCUACUAGUGUGGCAUCAUGAGGACCGUCUAAGCGUUGAUGAAGCAUUGAACCAUCCGUACUUCCAAGAGCCACCAUAA